GUAGUUUUUAGAAAGACAAGUCAUUUAGUGUACUUAAACAUUGAUCUGCCACUGUCUUUAAUUGCCUUCCGGUUUACGUGCCGUGUCAGUAAAUUAGUACUUCAAAAACACUUUCUACUGUUCGUAAUGGAGUCCUUUCAUGGAGUUCUAGAGAACAGACUUUAUCGUCAGAUGUCUGGGAGGCAAUGGGUGUUUAUUGUUACGAUCGGUCUCCUUCUGGUGUUAGGGUUGGCGAUAUUGAUAUCUUCUGUGACUUUUCUCCAUGCUUCUAACAAUGGCGAGUCUGACAGAGGUGCCGGUCCAUGGAAACAUAUGUUACAGCAAUCAAACCAAGAACGACCUUGCUUAGAGGCCAACCACAUAACACCCGCUAUAAACGGUAGAUCAUGGUUGGGCGACUCGUGUUCUGGAGAUGAUAGUUGCCCCGAGAACUCGGUGUGUGAAUCAGGACAAUGCUCCUGUAAUCUGACGUACAUGUAUUUUGCAAACAGUGGGAAAUGCCACAAAGGAUCAUUGUUGGGCGUCUCGUGUUCUGGAGUCGAUAGUUGCCCCGCAAACUCGGUGUGUGAAUCAGGGCAAUGCUCCUGUAAUCUGACGUAUUUUGCACACAGUGGGAAAUGCUACAAAGAUGAAAUAUUUUUGAGACAGACUACAACGCGAAUAGACCUUAUAGAGCCGUCUUUGGUGAUAUGGUCGGGGCAUUUUCCCCGUCGUAGUGACUGUACCUCCAAGUGUACCCAGGAACCGGACUGUGUGUCAUUAUUGUACAACAUGGCUGACGAGUCAUGUGACCUCUUCAACGUGAUCUAUGACAGUGAUGCCAGGGGUGACAUAGACUAUUACUGGGUACUGGAGGACAGAGGAAAUCGAUGGGUUCCAGAGUCGUGCCUCAACCUCUCAACGUGUUCGGGUAUUAGAACAGACGGAGAAUACUGGGUCUAUCCAACUGUAACAAAUCGAAGGAGAACGAAAAUCUACUGUCACAACCUAGCGACUGAACCUUCACCUUUUAUAACUUUAAAAUACCCUAACAGCUUUAUUUUCCAUGACGGAUCAAAUUGGAUAAAACAUCGACGACAAUGCCAAUCAUCUAUUAAACCUCCAUUGAAAACGACCGAGUUUUUAAAAGUGAAAAUAGAUAUAGAGAGCAUGGUGGUAAAUGGAUCUGAUUAUACGUUCACAUUGUUGACCGGAUCAAAUCCAAUCCAGUAUGGACAUGCUCGUGACUGUAAUGGGGAACACUUUAGGAAACCUUGUCCUCACUUUGGGACCGCAACCAUUGAUACCAGAGGGACUGGACUGAUCGUUGAUCCUACAGUUGAUUUUGGAUUAAAACAUGGUUAUAAGGCGGCUAUGAAAAAUUUCCAUCGUUCCGUUUAUGGACAGAUUUCAUUUACUUGUGCUGGAUGGUGCGGCAUUUGUGGACCGAUCUCUGGACCAAUCAAAUUCAAGCAUUCUAUGGAUUUCAUUUCAGCUUCUGAAGCACAAGCUGUUAUUUGUCACAAAUGAAAUUUAGUUCUUCAAGGAAACAGAGUAUGCGGAAGAUAUAAGAUCAGCGUCUUUGACGUUUGAUAUAUUUUAACGUUACAACAACAAUUUGUUAAAAAAAAAUAACACCAUUACAUGUAGCGGAGAUUUGUAUUUUAGUUUUAUCAAUAGUUAUUGACAAUAACGUAUUCUGAUGCGCUGUAUGUCACUUAAAUGCAGUAUGUUGAUGCAUAAAUUCAAAAUCAUUGAAACUCUGCAUAUUUUAAUAUUUGUAACUGUGUGAGUAUGGCAUGUUUUACCUUUUUUUAAGAAUCCAUGUAAUUAAAAUAAUUAAUAGGAAUUUGAAACAUGUUUUAGUAAUAAUAAUGGCAUUAAUGUCAAAUAUUCUAAAAAUAUAGAAUGGUAGUUAGUCCUAGUAAUAAUAAUGGCAUUAAUGUCAAAUAUUCUAAAGAUAUAGAAUGUUAGUUAGUCUUAGAUCUUUAGACAGCAAUUGUACCUUUCUUUAUUCGAGCCUUUAUAUCGAAUAAGAAUUCCUAAAUGAAUAUAAGAUUAUAUUUUAUUUCUUAAUUUUUUGGCUUAUGUAAAAAAGGACUAUAUACUGUAUUAUAAUUCUCUCGUCUCAAAAAAGAAUUUAAAUUCUUUUUGAGUGACUACUAUUUAAAUCGAUCUCUUACUCAUGUAGGAAAAUUAGAAAAAAGUUUCAUAAUCUAUAUUAUGAUGUUUUUCAGCUGCUUCAUUAAGGACCGCACAACAAUAUAUGAUUACAUGUUUCAGAAUGCUGUAAAAGAUUACGCCAGUCUGGAAUGAUUUCAGUCAAAAUGAGUUUCGAAAACGUUUUGUGAACUUUUAUGCAGCUUUAAAGCAAUAUGAGCUGUAUUUUUUAGACUUUUAUUUUGCUGCAAAAACCUGCUAGUAUGAUAAGUCUGCAUAUUUGAAAAAAUCAUUAAUUUUUGUCAAAGGAAAUAUUACUCUUUUAAGGAAUACAUGUAUAUAGCAAAUCAUUUUUUGUACAGGACGACAAUAAUUCAAUUUUGCUCCAAAUAAGGCUUUUAACGGCCUUUUCCAUGAAAAUAUGGCUAACAGAAAUUUAAAAACCAUGAUAUUUUUGUCAUUUUAGUAGAAAAGAACAUUUUAGUAAAAAAAAAAAUUAAACAUGAAAAAUGCAACUCAUAUUGUUUUAACUCAAUCUUAUAAUGUAAUUUGAAUGUUGUUAGAUUAUAGUUUAGAUUAGAUUAGAUUAGAGUAUAGAUGACAAUUUGUAAUUGCCAUUUUUCAUUUUCAUUAUAAUUAUUAAUGACGUAGGUACGAGCGUUAAACUGAAAAUAAAAUAAACAAAAUCAUCAA